ACAGGCAAAGCGUCUGGUACCAUACCGGAAGUAAACAGUCGCUGGGUAGUGUCACGUAGAAAACGUAGAAAACGUACAAAAUGUAUUAAUUCUGAUGUAUAAAUCUAGAAAACUGUUCAUAAAGUCGAAAUGGACCGAUUUAUGUGGACUAAUGGACUCCUCGAAAUGAACGAAACCUUAGUUAUCCAGCAGAGAGGUGUCAGACUCUAUGAUGGAGAUGAAAAGGCGAAGCUUGAUGUGGGAGUCGUCCUCCUGAGCACACAUCGGUUACUUUGGAGGGACCAAAAGAAUCAUGAGUGCUGCAUAUGUAUACCAUUGUCUCAGAUCAUAUUCUUCGAAGAGCAGGCAGCAGGUAUUGGGAAGAGUGCCAAGAUUGUUAUUCACCUGCACUCAGCCCCUGCCAACAAGGAGCCUGGACCCUUCCAGCACAGCAAGUUCUCCUAUAUCAAACUGUCCUUUAAGGAACAUGGGCAAAUUGAGUUUUACAGACGUCUGACGGAGGAAAUGACACAGAAGAGGUGGGAGAACACGCCAGUCUCGCAGCCCAUUAGCACAACAGCUGGAUCGAAGGCAGGAAGGACACGCGCAGUAGGGAUUGUUGGCAUUGAACGGAAGUUGGAGGAGAAGCGGAAAGAGACUGAUAAAAAUAUUUCUGAGGCCUUUGAAGAUCUCAGCAAGCUUAUGGAGAAGGCCAAAGAGAUGGUUGAGCUGUCUAAAUCCAUUGCCAGCAAAAUCAAAGACAAACAGGGCGACAUCACAGAGGACGAGACUAUCCGCUUCAAGUCCUAUUUGCUAAGCAUGGGCAUCGCCGACCCUGUAACCAGGGAAACGCACGGCUCUGGCACACACUACCACAUGCAGCUCGCUAGACAGCUGGGAGACAUGCUUCAGGCACCACUGGAGGAACGAGGGGGUAUGAUGGCCCUCACAGAAGUCUACUGUCUGGUGAACCGAGCACGUGGGAUGGAGCUUCUCUCUCCAGAGGAUCUGGUGAAUGCCUGCAAGAUGUUUGAAUCCCUUAAACUCCCUCUGAGGUUGCGAGUCUUCGACAGUGGGGUGAUGGUGGUUCAGUUGCAGUCCCAUAACGAAGAGGAGAUGAUUGCGUCUGCUCUUGAUAAUGUGUCCGAGAAGGGCUCCUUAACAGCGGAGGAGUUCGCAAAACUUUUAGGACUGUCUGUUCUCCUUGCAAAAGAGAGACUGCUGCUGGCUGAGAAAAUGGGGCAUCUAUGCAGAGACGACUCCGUGGAAGGCCUGCGCUUUUAUCCUAACUUGUUUUGAUGUACAAAUAUGUCUUAUCUAAAAUCUCUGCUGGACUCUUUCACAGACUGUUGUACAGAACACUGUAAUGUUCCGCAUAUAGACUGGACUUGUAGGACAGCCCCUCUUUACUGUAUAAUACCAAUAAUAAAUGUUGAUUUAGAUGCUUAUAUUACUUGAUGUGUUAUAAAUGGGGUAAGGCAGUAAUGGAAUGCUGUUCUUAGUCAUCCGGUUUAAACAGAUCUGUGUAUGAACUGUAAAGAUGGUGUGCUAUGGUGGGCUGUCCUAAAUAGUACGGCUGUAGUGCUAAACCUGAACAGCAGGGCUGUGGCUGAGAGCCUUGCUAAUAAACCCCACAGUGAGGUGGACUAAAAGGGUUCUGGCUCUGCUUAAAGGAAUACUCCACUAAUUUUUUUCAACCUAAUCUCAAUCUUCUGAAUCUGUAGCAUGUGGUCAGUUACCACAGGCGAUCAUUUGAACCCUUUCACUGUACUUAAUACUGAAGCAACUGCAGAUAGAGAUUAGGCUGAAAAAAUGCUGGCGUGUUCCUUUAAGUCAUAUUUGGCUUUAGAAUUGAGGCAUUCAAGAGCCUUCACUAGUACAAAUUUACUAUGACCAGCUAUGCCCCAACACUGUGCACCUUGACUGCACAGAGCAUUUUACAGGUUUAAUGCUUAUAUCCUGUAUUAGCUGAACAGACUGACGCAUCUCCCAGUGUCUGAACUGUGUUCAGCUGAGAUUCAUCGUGCGAUUAAAAAAUUCAGCCGUCUUCA